GGUAUGUGCAUAUGCGCGCAAAAAACUGCAUUGAGUCACGUGAUAGUGGAUAUUGUGACGUCAGAUGAAUGACGCCGAGAUGGCGGCUGCUGGAGGAGAGCCCUCUGCCCAGAGUGGUCCGGAUGAUUUGUUCAAUCAUUUCUACACAGAGGUAAAGCAGAUAGAGAAAAGAGACUCUGUGCUAACCUCGAAGCAGCAAAUAGACAGGCUGCUCAGACCUGGGUCGUCCUACUUCAAUUUAAACCCCUUUGAGGUGUUACAAAUCGAUCCAGAGGCAACAGAUGAGGAGUUGAAGAAGAGAUUCCGAGCGUUGUCCAUCUUGGUCCAUCCAGACAAGAACCAGGAUGAUCCAGACAGAGCACAACUAGCCUUUGAAGCUGUGGACAAGGCAUACAAAAACCUGCUGGAACCAGAACAGAAGAAGAGGGCAGUUGAUGUAAUCCAAGCAGGAAGGGAAUAUGUUGAGCAUAAUAUGAAAGAGAAGAAGAAACAGCUGAAGAAGGAUGGAAAGCCUCAAUUCGUGGAGGAGGAUGACCCAGAAAUGUUCAGACAGGCGGUGUACAAGCAGACUAUGAAGUUGUUUGCAGAGCUUGAAAUCAAGAGGAAGGAGAGGGAAGCCAAGGACAUGCAUGAACGGAAAAGGGCAAGAGAGGAAGAGAUUGAGACGGCAGAGAAAGCGAAGCGAGAGAGGGAAUGGCAGAAGAACUUUGAGGAAACAAGGGAUGGCCGAGUGGAUAGUUGGAGGAGUUUCCAGGCAGGCAAAGGCAAAGCUAAAAAAGAGAAGAAACCCCGGUCGUUCUUGAAGCCUCCUAAAGUCAAGAUGGAGCAGAGAGAGUGACAUCUGUUGAGGUGUGAUGGUUAAGGAUUCUACCCAAAGUGUGCACUUGCACACUCCACAUCAUGUUUAAAAGCAUUGGCCGAAGAGAGUUUCCACCAUUGUACAAAUCCAUGCGAGGAAGUCUGGAAGUGCACACUUGGGAAGAAGGGUGGAAAAUUGAGACUCGACCCAUUAUUCUUACUUACUCUUGACAGUGCAUCCACUGUCCUGAGAAAUGUACUUUUGUGCUUGUUUUUUAAUGUAUAUAAUUGUGACGUGCAACCUCCAUGAGAGCAUCACACUGACUGGCCUCAAUUAAAGUAGGAAAGAUGACAGGAAAUCUUCCAUUUCUGUAACCACCUUAGUUUGCUUGUAUUUUUUUAUAUACCUUUAAAUAAAAGCUUGUUUGUAACAA